AGUUAAUGUAAAGCAUUAACGAUUACAUUUGUAAUACUACACCUAAACACAUUGGGCAACACAGUAAAAGCCUACACAAAAGCAAUUGGCUGGCCCACCAAGUGAUUUGCAUAUAAGAGGAGUGUCUCUGACAAACUGAAUGGCUCAUUUUUCCAGUUUUCAUAUGGAAGCAGUUCAGAAGAGUCUGUUUCUCUCAGAGGGAAAAUGUAUGAAGAGUAGCUGUUUUCACUGUGGCUUGGCAAAUGUAAGAAAUUAUGUCUGAUAAGAGACAUCUAAGCCUCUGGCCAAAGUUAGGGGGUUUGUGCAUUCUUCUGCUUUUUAUUAGCCCUGUCUCCUGCUUUUCAAAUUUCAGCCAAGCAAAACAACUCAUCUAUAAAAUAAAAGAAGGCUUACCCACAAGAACACUCAUUGGGGCCAUUGGUGCUGACCUGAAACUGGAUUUUGCUGUUGACCCCCCUCUGUUAUUCAGUCUGGUAUUAAACAUGAUUUGUGAACACUAUAUAAGCUUAAAUAACAGAACAGGGGAACUGUACACUUCCCACAGACAAAUCGACAGGGAAACUCUUUGUCUUCAACUCUCAGACGGGCAAGACUGCUUCUUGGCCUUGGAUGUGUUCAUCCUUCCUCAGCAAUACUUCCAGCUGAUCAAAAUCAAAAUUCUUGUGGAGGAUAUAAAUGAUAACAAGCCCAAUUUCCCAAUAGAGGAGAUUCACUUAUUUGUUCCAGAGAAUGCACAGUUAAACUCCAGAUUUGCGGUGGAGCAAUCUGCAGUUGACCCUGAUAGUAACAUUAAUGGAAUACAGACAUACUGGCUCACAAACAAUUAUGGAAUUUUCACUCUGGAUGUGGAAGAGAACGGUGGAGGUGAGAUGACCCCGUUUUUGAUUGUGACAGGAUCCCUUGACAGAGAAGCUAUGAGCGUAUACACAACAAGCAUUAUUGCUGAGGAUGGGGGAUCGCCACCCCUGUCAGGUACUGCCACCCUAAAAAUCUUUAUUACAGAUGUUAAUGACAACUGCCCAAAGUUUACUGAAUCGCAGAUCAACAUCACGAUGUAUGCAAACUUCUCAAUAGGCACUCAUAUAGCUAGUCUUCAUGCCCAUGAUCCUGACCUGGGUGAAAAUGGCAAGAUAACUUAUGUGUACAGUGACAGAGUGCCCAGAAGUUUAAGGGCUAUAUUUAACCUGGACAAAGUCACAGGGGUUAUUAAACUAGCCAGUAAACUAGACAUAAACACCAGCAAACAUUACAUGCUUUCAGUUCUCGCAGUCGGACCAGGCUGCAUAUCUGCGGUAGCCAAGGUGUCUCUGCAUGUCAUCAGCCUAGUCUCUGCUCCACCAGUUGUGAUACCACGAUAUAUCGCUGCUGAGAAAGAUGGAAUCGUGUCCUUGAAGGAAUCUGAACCACCUCCCUCUCCAAUAGCAUUUUUCACCAUUAAAAAUACUGAGCAGCAAGAAGUGGACUGUCACUUAGAGGGUGAUGGCCCUUUCAGACUGUAUUUAAAAAAUGAAUAUAUUUUGGAAACCACAGAUUCACUAGACCAUGAAGAAAUUCAGGAAUAUAAGUUGACUGUGGUAGCUAAUAAUUCUCUCGGUGUGGUCAUUAGAACAUUUGUCAAAGUACAGGUGCUGGACGAAAAUGACAACACUCCGGUUUUUGAGAAGUCCAAUGUUGAUUUAUUUAUCAAGGAAAACAACUCUCCAAAUGCAUUCCUCACCAAAUUGCAUGCCAAUGACAAAGACAGUGGAGACAGAGGAAAGGUACUUUAUCUGCUGGAGCUUGAUGUUCCUUCGGUUUUCACUUUGGACAGAGUGACUGGGGUUCUUCUGGCAUCCAUGUCACUGGACAGGGAGGAAAAGGAAAAGUACAGCUUUAAGGUGAGGGCUAUGGAUUGUGGUUCCCCACGCAGAGAGACCUUUGCCACUGUGACAGUAACAGUAUUGGACAAAAAUGACAACAGCCCACGCUUUAUCAACAAAGACUUCACUUUCUUUAUUCCUGAGAACUUUCCAAACCUUGGGGAAAUAGGAGUCCUCUCUGUGAGCGACGCUGAUUCAGGAAGAAAUGGAUUUGUGGCCCUAUCAAUUGUUAAUGGCAGUGACAUUUUUGUCAUCGACACUGGGAAAGGGGUCCUUAGGGCCAGAACUCCCCUGGAUAGAGAACAGCAGGGCACCUACUACCUGUGGGUUGAGGCCACAGAUGGGGGAGAGCCCUCCCUCUCAACUGUUACAAUAGUAACCAUUAUACUUCUAGAUGUCAACGACAAUGCACCUGUGGUUCUUUUCCCACAGUCCAAUCAGUCAUACCUGUUAGUGCUGCCCACUACUCUCCCAGGGACAUCGAUAACAGAGGUAUAUGCUGUGGACAAAGACACUGGCAUGAAUGCAGUGAUAGUUUACAGUAUCAUUAAAAGAAAGGGAGGUGAACCGGGGUCAUUUGAUAUUGACCCCAAAACAGGGAACAUUACCCUAAAGAAAACUCUGAAUUACAGAGGCCUGUACAGUCUGCUGGUUAAAGUCAGCGAUCACGGUCAACCGGAUCCUCUCUCUUCCAUGGUGAUGGUCAAUUUCUUUGUCAAUGAAACGGUCACCAAUGAAAGCUAUGUACACAGUCUGCUGACAAAGGAUGCGGAAAUGGAAACGGAGCAUAUUUUAGCAAAGCUUAUGGAAGCACCUAUUAGAAAUGAGGGCUUUCCCUGUCUGCCUGUCUUGAUUGCAGCUGCUGCAGCAUGCCUAGGGCUGCUGCUGACUGUGUUUUCUUUGGCUGUAUGGAUUUGCAGUAAAAAACAGGAAAAAAAGCAAAUGCAAGUUAAGAAACUGGAGGUGGAAAUCCCAUUGAAAAUGAACAGUGACAGGAAGCAAAUGGAUACCUCAGAGAUAUAGCCAGUUUGCUUCCAGUAUUAGCCAGAUUUAAUCAAUUGUACAAAAGUUAAGAAUGUAUCAUUUAUAAAAAUAAUAUUAAUAGAAAUCAUUGUUUACAUUUUAGAUAUUUUAAGUUACCUGAAAGAAAUCUGGAAGGUCACACACUUGUAUGUAAUUGGCUGCAACAAAUAGGAAAUGUUUUCCUAUUUUACUUUCAUAAAAUGACAUACAUACCUUAAGACUAAGUAGGAUAAGCGUUUGGGGGAUGGGUGGAUUGAUAUCAUAUCUACAAGAAAUGCCCAGGCAUUAUUAAGUAUUUAACAUUGUAUAAUAAGGGCAUAUUCUAACUACUGUUACACUGUUAUAAGGCAUUUUAAUACCCUCUCAUUUCCAUAAUUGUUGAAAGAGUUUAAUUUUCCUCUUUUUUUUUUUUUUUUUUAAUAACGAUUGGGUUAGUAUUAAGUCCUCAGAACUGUUUUCAGUUUUAAAAAGUCUGAAGGUCCAUUUAAGCCUUGGUAUUUUUUUAUAUGUUGCAACCCUAAAAAUCUAAAUAUUAAAGAUUAUAUGUUUUCCUAAUAGUUUUUCUUAAUUUGCCUAGAAAUCAAAACUACCAUGACAGCCACUACAGUAAUUUGAAUUACUACACAAACAUACACAAUAAUAAUUGAAAUAUGCAAUUGAAAUAUUAGUACUCAAGUGUAAUACAAUGCAGAAUUGCAUUUGUAUUUGUUCAAUAUUUAGUCAGAGCAGUAUGCAAACUACAACGCAAUAUGGUCUUGGCCAGAAACACUCUUUGAACACGAAAACAUCUACAAAGGUGAACGAUAGCUUUGUCUGAUUCGUGAACAAAUUCUUCAUAUGGACCAGUUCUUUGAUUUGAAAACCGUUUCGAGUUCGACAAAUUAACUGAAAAGAACCGAUUCACAAGAACAAAUUGUUAACGAUUCGGACAUAGCUACUGGUCACUUUGAUAGCUGUUUUUGUGACUCUCUCCUGCUGAAUAUCGUGCAAAUACAAAUGCCAUUCUGAUUCUGCGUUGUUUUGGUACUAAUAUAUCAAUCGCGUUAGCAGGACUGAAUUAAGCAGAUUAAACGAACGAGAGGUUUUUCAGAAACGCAUUAGUCGCGUCGUAGUGGGACUGACUACACAGAAAAUGCGUGCAGAAACAUGCCUUCAUAUGUAUUGCAUAUUUGUGAUUUCUGCCUGGAAGGUGUAAUAAAACCAGUACGAUGUUUCAGUAA